UGUCUGUCGGCCAUUGAUUGAGUAAAGUUGUUGAAAAUUUUCACUCUACUUCGUUUUUGUUAUUUUGUUAAUACGCCCGGUGAAUUUCUGCAAUUUAUAAAUUGUAGAAACUAACUAAAGGCACCACUGUGGCUUGCAAUAUAUAGAAAGAUAUACACACGUAGGAAGAUUUCUAAAAAAAAUUGUGUGUGCAAAGGUCAACAGCCAGCGCUGCGAGUGGCUGUGCCCAGCACAAACUGUAAAUAUCUGCAUAUCAACAACAAAGAAGUCGUUUGUGAAAGUCGCUGUACAGAAUCCAGUGAAAUGGAUCCAAAUUACGCCACCUCUUAGCAAGUUAACUGCCCGGCGGAGGCAACAACGCACAAGUUCUCGCGUCGCUUCAUAACAACUUUAGCUAACGUACUUUGCGUGGAUUUGCACCAGCAUUAGGAAAUUAUUUCAACCUUAAUCCAAUUUUCUCCUAUCCUUGUAUAUUCAUACGCAUAACCUUUAUUAAUUUUCCUCACUUUCCUAAAUUACUAAAAAAAUGUGGCCAACUGAUAACCAAAGCUAUGGAAUGACAUAUUACCUCGGUUAGCCGUCCAUAACUACGGCUUUUAUAUAUAAUUUUAAACAACAACAAACAACCAAAGAAGCAUUAUUACGCAUAAAACCUUGUAAGUUUUAAACAGCAGUACAUUUAUUAUCUGGAACAAAGGCAUUUAAUUGCAAGAGUGAAGAGAAAGUUUGCUGCAGUGGAGAACAAGGCUGUACGAAAAACGUUAUUAAACUUACAAUAGAGGAGCUUCAAGCAAUUUCUUUAAAUCACAACAUUUUUAAUAUAUUUUUCUUGCCAGAUUUACACAUUUCGACGUAAAUAUUUUAAUUACCCUCCACUGGCCGUCAAAUUUAACUGUCUGUUAGUGUGAUUUUGCAAACCUCUUUCUAAUUUAAAUUUUCCGAAGACAAUAUCUUAAGUAACAACAACAAAAAUGCAACGUUGGUUUUUCGCUGAUGAGGCCGAGGAUUGUGACGCCAUGGCGGCACCGCCCUCAUCAACAUCAUCACUCGAGGUGUACCAACCGGGUACGCCAGUUCAUGUUAACUGGAAAUUCUGGGUGCUAGUGAAUCGCGAUAUGGCACCCAAUGAACGUCUGGCGAUUGUGGGCAGCACUGAACAACUAGGCAACUGGCAAUUUAGCAACUGCAUAAUCAUGACGAAGGAAGAUGACAAAAACAUUUGGUACACCUAUGUGAACAUUCCGCGUGACACGCGCACCGAAUACCGCUAUUUAGUGGUGGCAGUCGAUCCUACAGCAGAAAAGACCAUUGUGCGUCAUUGGGAGACACAUCGCAAACCACGUUUCGUUAUGCCGGGCGUGUCACGUAAAGCCAGGGAAUGCGAUGAAGAUUAUGGUUUCGUGCAUGGUGUGGAAAAAGUGGAUCGCGGCUGGGUUACAUCCGAGACAAUUGUACAGUUGAAAUUUUUCAAUGCGCCCUUCACAUGGAAACAACGCAUGAAGCGACGUUUGAUUUAUGUGAAAGUAACGCCAAUGAAUUUGACGAUACCCAAUGGUGGAAGCACUGGUGGCUGCGAUUACCACACCUUCUCACAGCUAGAAGAUUCACUCUCUAACGAUACUCAUGAUACUCGCGAGAAUGGUACUGAUCUUAGCACGGCGUUUGCUUUCAACGAAGUAGCUGUGUUGAGUGGGGAUGAAUCGAAAAUAAAACAACAACCACAAUUUGGCACUGCUUGCGGUCCUGACGAUGUUGUAAUUUUCCAUUUGACAAUCGGUGAUUUCGAUAGCACUGCCUACCUCAUCGAUUUGUAUUCGUACAGCUCUAAAGCAGCGCUUGAUGAACCGCCAUACCACCUUGGCUACCACUAUGUCUUGCCAAACUUACUUAAGCGUUCCGACGGCAAUCUCGAGGUGCCCAUUACAUGUGCGACGCGCCAUCGGCCCAUGGGCAUGAUGCAGAUUGGCUAUUUGCUAAUAAAGCCAACGAAGUGUAUUAAAUUAGAUAUGGCGGUGACAUAUCUGCGUUAUUGGAAUAACAAAUGGACUGGCUUGGACGUGGGACAUCGCGGUUCGGGCACAAGUUUCAAAACCAAAGAUUCUGUUAUACGCGAAAAUACUAUAACAUCCUUGAAGAAUGCGGUUGAGCACGGCGCCGACAUGGUGGAGUUCGAUGUGCAGCUGAGCAAGGACUUGGUGCCCGUUGUCUAUCACGACUUUAUGAUUUAUGUCUCGUUGAAAGCUAAAGGCAGCUGCCAACCAAAUGACUUCUUGGAGUUACCAAUGCGUGAGCUGACUUUGGAUCAAUUAAAUAACCUUAAGGUAUAUCACACUGCUGAGGGUCGUACGCGUGAGGAGCGCUGCUUUCACAACGACGAUCUGCUAGAACAUCAACCAUUUCCACGUCUUGCAGACGUUUUUGAUGCAAUCGAUGAGCAUGUUGGUUUCAAUAUUGAAAUUAAAUGGUCACAACGUCUUAAAGAUGGCAGUAUGGAGGAGGAAUUCGAACAUACGGUCGAUCGUAAUCUCUAUGUGGAUUGCAUACUUAAUGUGGUAUUUCGCAAGGCUGGCUAUAGACGCAUUGUAUUCUCAUGCUUCGAUCCGGAUAUCUGUACAAUGUUACGUUUUAAGCAAAAUCGCUAUCCGGUUAUGUUCCUGACCAUUGGAGAGACGUCGAAAUUCCAAAAAUAUUUAGAUCCCAGAGGCAACACCAUUGAAAUGGCGGUGUAUAAUUCGCUCUCGAUGGAAUUACUGGGCAUAGUGGCGCAUACUGAAGAUUUGCUACGUGAUCCAACGAAGGUAAAUUUAGCUAAAAGCAGCGGCUUAGUCAUAUUUUGCUGGGGCGAAGACAAUAACUCCAAAGAUACAAUUAAAUAUCUCAAGGAAUUGGGCUUGCAUGCCAUCAUUUAUGAUAAAAUGGAUGUGCUGACCAGUAAGGAAGUAAAGCAAAGCGUUUUCUUACUGCAAGCCAGAGAAAGUCAAAAUGAAAUACUCAAAUUACAAGCGCUGGAAAGGGGUAAACUAUGGCAUGACAAUAUACCAGUGGCGCACGCAAAACAUUAGACAUUUUAGCAUCAGCAUCAUAGACGCAUUUGAUAUUAUAUUUUAAGUUACAUAUGUAUUUGUAGUAGUUGCUAACGAAACGCAAUCAACAAGCAAAAUCAUAGAGAAACAAAUUACAACAAAAUUCAAAUCGCCAUCUUAAAAAUCCAAAUUAUAUAAAUCUUUUUCUAUUCACUCACUUUAGCAGAUUAUGCAUAAUUUUCAUACAAAAAUACUUUCUUUAUUUUUUUUUACUUUUAAUAAAUUAACGUAGUGGCUUUAUGCAUCCAUGUUAAAAUUAGUAAAUAUUUUUUUUAGUAUUAAUUGAAUUAGUCAAAUAUGAGAAAAUUACGCUGCCCAUUACACAUGACAUACAUAAAAAACGUGCUUUGCUUUAGAAUCUAUUUAUAAAUUCGACUAAAAUUUAUUACGAAAAAAACUAUUGAAAUUUCACAAAACAUUUUAUUAGGCUUUGAUUUUGCAUAUACAUAUACAUAUAUAGUAUAUUGGCGUCGGUUCGAAUAUACGUAUUGUGCACGAAAAUGAUUCAACUAAAUAAAAAGGCAAUUUCAAAAAAUUAUUUUUUAAUUGGCGCAAAUAUAAUUAAAAGAAUAUAAAAGAAAAGAUAUUUAUAGAAAAUUUUCAAGACAUACAAACAGUCGUAUUUAGUAA